ACCAGGCUGGGUCAGGCGGGCACCUGCAGGAGACACCGCCCUGGUCCUGCUUGCCCUCCCUCCCCUGGGGGGCAGGCCUCUCCCCACUGCCUGUAGACCUGGGGCCUCCACUUUCCCCAGGAGCCCAGGCUGGGCCUCUUGUUGGGGGAGAACUGGCCGUCCGGCUGCCAAUCCUUUCCCAACAUCGGUGCUGAGGACCUGGGUCAUCCCCUCACCAAAGAGCUCUUGGGGGGUCCACCAUGGGGCGCCCAUUGCCCCUCCUCCUUCUCCUCCUGGCCCUCCUGGCCAGCUCAAGAGGAACAGGGCCAAGCCUGACUCUGCAAGUAAAGCUGCAGGGGCCACCGCAGGCCAGCGCCCCCCAUCACCCCAGCUUCCCAGAACUGCUCCAAAAGUUCUGCCUCCUCCUACACCUCCCAUCAGGAGCCAGAGUCACCGUCCAUCACCAGGGACCCCGCCACCACCUCACCUGCAAGGCCUGAGGCAGCUGAACCCGUGUGACCUCACCCUGACCAUCCUUACCAGGUCCCUGUGCACCAAUAAACAUGCUGACCUCCGAGGCUGGCCCUAUUAGGGGUCCGCACACAGGGCCAGCAGGGAAGGCCAGCCAGCUGCCCAA